CUAUAUAAACCCCGCCGUGCGCGUGUUUGUGCGGUGCGGUGCUGUGCGGGGCUGCUUCAAACACACACACUCACUCUCACACACACUCUUAUCACCAGCGCACUGCAGCAGCUGCUUCACUAUGUCUCACGGAUGGGGAUACGCAGCGGAUAACGGACCGGACAAGUGGGUGGAGAGCUUCCCGGUGGCUGACGGACCCCGACAGUCCCCCAUAGACAUCGUGACCGGAGAGGCGGAGCACGACUCCGCGCUGGCGCCGCUCGCGCCCCACUACGACCCCUCCACCUCGCUGGAUCUCCUCAACAACGGACACUCCGUGCAAGUGACCUUCGCCGACGACACGGACAGCUCGAGCCUGACAGGAGGACCGAUUUCCGGCACCUACAGACUGAAGCAGUUCCACUUCCACUGGGGCUCCCAGGACGACAAAGGCUCAGAGCACACCGUCGAUGGCAAAACCUACCCUGCUGAGCUUCAUCUAGUACACUGGAACACUACAUAUCCCAGCUUCGGAGAAGCGGUGGACAAACCCGACGGUCUCGCGGUCAUUGGAGUUUUUCUGGAGAUUGGAGAUGAAAACCCGCAGCUCCAGAAGCUUCUUGAUGCGAUGGAAGCCAUUAAGUCAAAGGGCACACAGACCUCAUUUGCAGAUUUCGACCCCACCAUACUGCUGCCCGGCUCUCUGGACUACUGGACGUAUGAUGGCUCCUUGACCACGCCCCCUCUGCUGGAGAGCGUCACAUGGAUCGUCUGCAAGCAGUCGAUCAGCGUCAGCUCUACCCAGAUGGAGAAAUUCCGUAGCCUGCUCUUCUCCGGCGAGGGGGAACCGGAAUGCUGCAUGAUGGAUAACUACCGUCCUCCUCAGCCUCUGAAGGGUCGCAAGGUCCGUGCCUCGUUCCAGUGAGGCGCCGCUGGAUUCUUCGCCUUGCUCCUCCCCCUUUUGCCGUCCAUCCCCCUCUUUAUUAUAGAUUUAUGGAGAAUUCUGCAGGCAUGCCUCAGCCGACACCACACACCUGCCAUUUUAUAUAUAAUCUGAUUGAUGUUAAAGGAGAAAUCUGGUGUGAAAUGGACUUGGGUUGUAGUGAAACAUGAUAACAAGUAUAAACCUUUGUCAAAUAGCCUGUUUUCAUUCACCCCCAGCAUUCUGAAAUACAACACUUUAAGCUGAUGCUCCCAAAAGGCUUACAAUGAAAGUGAUAGGGGCAUAAAUUUGCCUAUGCAAAGAAAUCACUACUUUCACACUAUUAAUAAGCUCUUCAUUGGUAGAAAUUUAGGAGAUUUCUCUGCAUGUUUAAAAUGCUAUGCCCUAUCCCCUAUCACUAGCAUUGUAAGCCUGUUGAGAGCAUUGGCUAAAAGCACUGAAUUAGGGAAUGAUGGGGAUGAAUGGUGAUUCACAUUUUAACAAAAGUUAAUUUUAAGUCCAAUUUACACCAGAUUUCUCCUUUAACAUCCAUCCCCAAGCUCAUGGCUGCCUACCCAACAUGAGCGCUGGGCUGUGCCGUGCAGUGCCAAGGUUUCCAUGCUUGGUUUUUUGGUUUUAUUUACUUUUUUUUUUUUUUUCGUUUGUUCGUUUUUUUAUGCACUAUAUGUCCAAAAUAAUCCAGACAGCUGGUCCUCAUUUUGCUGCAGUAGCAUCCUCUACUCUUUGGGAAAAGAUUUGCACUAGAUGUUGGAAAACACAGCAUCUGCAGCGAGGAUUUGAUUGAUUGCGGGCAGCCAUAAGAGCAAUAAUUAGCUUGGAAUGAUAAGGCAGUUGAGAGCACAUUAAAAAUGCUUGCAGUGUAGUCAUUUCCCCGUAGGCUACCUUCUCUUACAUAUGUACAGUAUGUAUGUAUACAUAUAUUCUGGCCUCAGGAUUGAAGGCUGUGAGAGCAAGUUAACCCUUUAUCUGCUGCUGAUAGUGGCCACUCGUGCACUUCAACAUAUUAGAAACAUUUUACAUUGCAUAUGUUUUUUUUUCGGCUAUAUAUAUCGUGAUAUUAAACAAUGCAGGGCCCAUGACGUCACCAGCCCCAUCCCCACCUGCCCACUGUCUCACAUCCGGACCAAUCAAGAGCUGAGUCAGUGACGAGCUCAACUCAAAACCCGAGGAAAACAGCAAAACAACAGUAAUCAGCCCUUUAAGACAUUUAAAUUGUUUUUUUUUAAAGGUAAAUAAGAGCGUUUGUUUUUCUGGGAUUAAAAGCGUGAAUUCAGCUGUAACUGGAAAUAUCUGCACCACAAAACUGUGCUGGACUGAGGUGCACAGCUUUCCCCACGUGCCCACGUCUACAAGCACAUGCCCAGCCAUGUGGAUGGAGGCCAUGCAGUUACCUCAUGUUUACUCCUGCUUCUCAGGCAGCAGCAGCCUGUCACUCACACAGACACAGAGACAGCGCUGUGUAUCUACUUCUUGUGUCAAGGAUCAAAGCAUGACGUGUUUGAUUGACUAUUAUAUAUUGACUAUUGCGCAUGCACACAUCGCGAUGAUGAUGCCUAAACGAUAUUUCUCGUGCGGCCCUAGUACCUACUGAUGCAUUUUUGAGAUUGUGUUGGUGAUCAUUCAAACCAUUAUGAGUUUUAAAAAGGUUAAGGUUACUUUGAAAAGCAAUAUGUGUGUAUUUACCUUAGAUGCAAUAUGUAUCCGAUCCGAAGAUGUCGAAGUCCGCUAAUCACAGCAGCUGUCUGGAUGAGUUUUGGACAUGUAGUGUAUGUGGUGUAGUAUAUGAAGCCAUUCCCUGCAGUCUUAAAAAAAAAGGCAGAUUUACUGUGAUUAUGCAUAUGGUGCCACUGUUGCCCGGGCCACCCUGACGCCAAUUCUCACAGGCACAUGCAGAAACAAACACAUGAGCAAUUCUCUCCAGUGCGGAGGGGAGUGGGCAGGUAGCUCUGCCUACAUCAUGCACCAGUGGUGCUGGCACGAGGGAACCGCCGGGCCAUCUGGGAUGGGUACUGCCGAUCCCGCAGGGUUGUAAUCUCUCUCUAUCUCUAUCUAUCUAUCUCUCUCUCCCUCUAUCUCUCUCUCUAUCUCUCUGCCUGCUUCAGGAUCACUACAGCUUAGUAAAGCCCAGGCACUGCUGCCUCUCCAGCAGAGCGAACCCUAAAAUCCCUUCUGGCACACACACACACACACACACUUACACACACUUACACACACACACUUACACACACAUGGCACAGCACGCUCGGGCUUACAGAGAAGCACAUGCACAAAUACCCGAUACGCACAACGGAUUCUGUCAAAAGAGAUUUGCAGUGGUCCCAGUUUAAUCGCUUAUGCCUCUAACCCUAAAAAAAUGAUUGAUUUGCAUUGUUUUGCAUGUCCUUUACGGCAACCCACAGUGAACUGCAAUCUCGCUGUGGACGCUUAUGCAGUCUGUGUUCAUUUGUAAAAUGAUUCCCAGAAGAUCAUUUGUGAGCAGAUGGUCAUUGUCCUCUUUGUUGUGACAUUAAUUGUUGUCCUUAAUCCUCCUGCUGAUUAGAACAGUCAGAUUUAUACAAACAGAAAUGAUACAUAUAGGCUACUAUUUUAUUCAUACAACUUUUAUUCAAAGUUGACAAUAGAACCAUACCCUACCAGCUAUUAGUAAUAUAUACAGUAUAUGUUCAUAUAUUAGAUAUUAGGUCCUGAAGGUUCUCCUUCAGUCUCUGCUCACCGUUUCCUUUAAUGGGACCAGAAAAUGUCUUAAUGUCUUAAUAUGCGUUUCUAAAGAUUAAAAGAUUAGUGGUUUUCAGAUGAAGCCAGAAGUGUCAGAUGUGUUGAUUGUAAUUGUUGAUUGUUGAUUGUGAAUUCUGCUCUCUGCUAUUUUUGAAGGAUAUAAUUUAAAUAAAGAUAAUAUUUGACUAUUA